AUGGUGGAGAGUUUUUUAGUAAUGAUUGCAAACAGUUGUUACAGAGAUAUGGUAAAUUACAUGAGAGCUCGUCUUUACACGCCACAUCAAAAUGAUGUUGUUGAAAUGAGGCACAGACACAUCCUUAAAACUGCCAGAGCAAUCAAGUUUCAAGGAGGUCUGCCUAACAGUUUUUGGGGCUUAUACAUAGAGUCAGCUAUAUAUGUUUUGAAUAGAAUACCCUUCAAUGUGCUCAAUGGCAAGUCAUCUUUUGAAUUAUUGUAUAACAAACUUCCUUCAUUAGUGCAUUUGAGAGUUAUAAGGUGCUUGUCUUUUGCAACCAAUCUUACUCAGAAGGAAAAAUUCAGCCCUAGGGUUGUGAAGGCUAUACUAGCUGGUUAUAGUACAUAUCAGAAAGGGGCACAAGAAGAUGUCACUAUGCUACAGUACCACUUCUCAUAUGAUGAUUUGACAGUGCAUUCUCUUCCUGUUGACAUUGGAUCAGAGGAUCAUGAAGUUUUACCUCCCAUUAAUGUUGAUAUAGAAGAGGAGAAUAAUGGUGUUAAAAUGGAGGGGGAGAAUAAUAGAGCUAAUAUGGGGUUACCGCAUGAAAAUAUUAGUAUUGUUUCAGACAACAACAUUGAAGAGGUUUUGCCUUCUAAUGCUAAUACUUCUGAUAUCAGGAGAUCAACAAGGAGAUCCAAACCUUAUAUAUGGCACAAAGACUAUGUAGUUAAGGCAUGA